UUGUAUAGUGUACUUUUCGAUAGUCGAGCUUCAGAGUUUUUGACAAUAUGCAUCGAAACGGUGGUAAAUCUACUUUGACGCAAGACUUGCUUUGUUUUGAUGCAGGCGCCUCUAAGGCUGAUGUUCCUCCUACGUUUUUAUGCUCUGCUUCUUUCGCUCAUUCAAGUGAAGACAGUUCGAAUCUAGCGUAUUACUAUUCAAUGAACACCUUUAGCGAUACUGUCUACGAAAUCCACCAACUUAUAGACCGCGAAGGUAACGGUUUGUUGCUAAAUCUCUACUUAUCACUGAAGGACGAUAAAAUAUGCUUGACGGAGUUUGUAGACCACCUGCGAAACUUGGUUACCCCGUUUUUGUACAACAAAGGAGAGGGUCAAUUGGUCACGCCCGAGCAAUGGGUGAAGAACUUCGGCGCGAAACACCGCCGCGACUUCCAAGCGAGCCGCCGGCAGUUUUCGACCUUAACAAGCAAACCGAUUCGUGACAUGACAAAGAUGUCAGAUCGCGAAGAUAACGAGUUAAACAUGAGCUCAGAGGAGUUUCAGCUUAACUCGUUUUUGACCUUGACAACUCAUCUCGUUUGUUGGAAAUUAGAACACAGAGGUCGCUAUGGCGAGACCCCCUUACACUUUUGCUACUUUAUCAACACCCCGGAACACUUAGCCAUUGCAAACUAUUUACUUGAAUUGUUUCCUAAAUUGGCUAUUGACAAAUACGAAGGCGAUUUCUAUUUCGGGCAAAAUUGUCUUCAUUUUUGCAUCACUCAUUCGAAUUCAAAUGGCAUUGAAAAGCUGAUUGAGUGCGGCGCUGAUGUGAACGCAAGAGCUUGUGGUACGUUUUUCAUCCCACAGACUUUAAAACUUCACUCGCAAAAACCAGUUUUGCUUCCAGAUUAUCAAGGUCAGUCGUAUUUCGGCGAGUACCCUCUGGCAUUUGCCGCGUGCCUCGAACAUUACAGUAUUUUUGACCAGCUGUACCAAGAAGAAGGGACGAAUCCUAACUUUCAAGAUUGUUUUGGCAACACGUUGGCACAUUUGCUAGUCAUUCAUAACAAGCCCAGGUUUCUUUACUACGCUUUGAAGCUCCCUCGAAAACGUAUAGAUCUUUCCAUCAAAAAUCAAAAUGGGCUGACUCCUUUACAGCUGGCUUGUCAUUUGGGUUAUUACGAAGCUUUCCAAGUUUUGGCCGAUGCCAGAUCGCAACCGAAAUGGAGUUUUGGUCAUUUGGAAAGUAAAACCUACCUAAUCGACCAACUUGAUAGCAUACACAGUAAUGAUGGAUCAAUUAAUUGGAAUUCAGGCUUGCAUCUUUUAUGUAUGGGGUCCAAAAAGGGUCACACUGAUAUUAUAAACAGAAACCCUUUGGUCGAUUCUUUGCUUCGAGUAAAAUGGCAAACUUAUGUGAAAAGAAAGUUUGGCUUCAACUUAAUUUUAUCGGUAAUUUAUCUUCUAAUUUUGAUAGCGGCGCUUUAUUUCAGACCAUCAAAUAUUCAAAAUUCGGAAGAACAACCAAAUAAACAAGGAGAACAAAAAUUGACCGACAUGAUUAAAUUUGGAUGUGAAAUAACACUUUUCACCUGGUCCUUAUUCUCAAUUCCUUUCGAAUGGGGUGCAAUUUUAAUCGAAGGAUCCAAGCAUGUUUCAAAAGGUCGCAACAGUUCAGGAGAUGAUCAAACAAACGUUGCCAGAGUUAGCGCCAGGAAAUCUUCCCUUUCUGCAACUCUUUUAUACCUGAAAAUGGUACUUGGAUUUAAAGAUAAACUCGCAGCCAAUUUGGGAAGUCUACUUUUAAUCACAGCUGGAAUAGCCCGAGUUGCAAACGUUAAGUUUGUAGAAGAUAUUUGCUUAGCUACUAGUAUACCUCUUCUGUUUGGCAACUUAUUAUUCUAUUGUCGAUGUUUCUCCCAUUUGGGACCAUUCAUAACAAUUUACUACCACAUGAUCCGCAACACUUUAACAAAACUCAUCAUUUUAUUUUUCAUUGUCAUUCUCGGAAGCCAUUGCAUUUUGUUUUUCUUAUUCAACGCAAACUCUCUUGAUGCAAAAAAUACAGGCAGCCGAACUUUUUCGGAACUCAUUUCGAAAACGUCUGGGGAAACAGAAGGCGAUGAGCCUCUUGUUAAAUUGGAACCUCAAAAUGACGUUAAUUUGGAAUACUUGUAUCGUUUAGGAGAUACUUUGAUGUUUCUUGUUCAUACUUCGUUCGGCGAAAUAAACAUGAACUUCGUGGAGCUUUCAGCUUACCCGAGCGCCGGCCGACUUGUUAUCAUACAACACGGGGUUCUCGUCACAAUUUUGCUCGGAUGUCUGAUGACCGCGAUGGUCUGUGCAACUUACCAAAAAGUAUUGCUCAGUUUUAGAGCGGAGAAUAAAAAACAAUGGGCAAGAAUUAUCCUUCUCUUAGAAGCGCAAAUGUCUAAAAGUUAUAGGCUGAAAAAGAUCGCAGUUUAUGCAGACUCUAAAUCGACUGCUGAUCCAACAUUUCCGACGUUGCGAGGGCUCGGAUUAGUCGUGACGUCAAUCCGAGAGAACUCGGACGCCUUUCGCCGAAAUCGAGCUUGGAACAACUGGAGAAUCUUAAAAUAUGAACUAAGAAAACGUCAUUUCAAAGUCCACGAUUCGACUGUUUUCAAUAAAAAGCUUGCACUGAGAACUAAAAAACGAAGUUCGGAUCCGUUUCGGAUCGAGCAAUUGAAAGAAACGAGACGCCGAGUUUCUGUAAAUCGAUUUUGUCGUUCGGGAAGCGCAACUUAUACUGCUCGUUCGUUUUUGACGACUGAAAAUGAGUCGACUUUGAUGGCCGAAGCUACUCCGAGUACUUUGCUCGGAAACCAGCUGGAUAAUAACAACUCGGAGUAUUCUGAGAUUAACACGCCCCCGAUGCAUGAUAUAGCUGACUCUAAUUAUCAAUUCACGCCGCGUCAGUUUAAUUUCAGUAGCAUAAGCGAAGUUGAUGAAGCAAAUGAACUAACUGUACAUCUGUAAAAAUGUUUAAAAGUAUCUCAAUUAAU